UUCGUUUCCUCAGCGCAAAAAUCUGUGUUUUUCCACGCCAGACGAUUUGUUUUUUUAUUUGUGUGUUUGAUGAACAAAAUUUCGAAUAUGGAAAGUUUGCCAAUGUAUUACACGGACUCGCGGACGAAAAUGAGUCGAGCUAUACUGAGCCGAGAAGUUUGUCUCAAAUUCAUAAAACGUGUAGAAUUUUUCGAAUGCCUUUGGAAUAGGAAUGCACAAGGAUACAAAAACCCCAUAACGCAACUUGAUGCUUGGAUAACUUUGGCAAAGGAAUUUGGAGUCCCCUAUCAGCAACUUCGCCAGAAGUGGAGAUCCCUGCAAGGCUCCUUUAGACACUUUAACUAUAAAUUCCAGGCUGCAAAUGCAAGCGGAGAGUCACCUCCAAAUUGGUUUGCAUUCAACGCCAUGCAGUUUUUGAAUUUUAAAACGUAUCGCGAACCAAUGAUGGAUCUAAAUCAACCACCUUCGCAAAUACAUGUCAAUAAUCUACCAGAACCAUGCAGUCGAGAAGAAUCGCCAGAACCAGGCCCGUCUACAUAUGUACUGUCGGCUCCAUCAUCGCCGCCACUGAGAAUUAUUGAAGCGAGAAGUUUAUUGCCUAAAACACCGCCACCGCAAACCAUACCUAAACCAAAGCCGCCCCAAACCAUACCAGUUCAAAAGCGCGGUCGCACUAUGAAGCGUCGGCUGGAGGAGCCCUCUCUUCCCUACAACAGAAACAUGCUAAAAGUGUUGGAGAAUGUGUCCGCUGUGACGGAUCGUCUAGUCGAGGAAAGACAGACAGUAAAAUCCGAUGGGAAGACAUUUGGCGAGUGGGUUGGCGACCUGCUGGACGAGUGGUCGCCUGAUAGGAGGCAGUCGGCUAAAGUGGCCAUCCGCCGAUUCUUGGCGAAAAAAGACUCUGCACGAUACAGGGAACGAAUGGGACGGAAAGUAGAAAAGAUGUACGAAAGCAGCGAUAGCGAUAGCAUGCCCAGCCAGGUACAAAAGUGAAGAUGCACAUAAGUUGGGAAGUUGUAAGCAUAAAUAAGUGAACAUAAAUUUACUUCACGAAUCGUGAAUCACGAAUAAAU